AAACGCAAAGAUAAUACCGAAAAACAUAACGAUUUUCUGCAGCUAUUAGUGGACGCCGAGAGACCUGAUGGAGACGUACGAGAGGCCAGUGAUGCCAAUGAAGCGCAUUAUGUGAUUGAGGGCAGGGAUGAGAUGGCGGCCAAUGCCGAGGCUUUCAAAGGGGUGUUGGAGAAGAAGUUGACUGAAGACCAGAUACUAACGCAAUGUUUCAUAUUCCUCGUCGCCGGCUACGAGACAAUUGCCAGCUCUCUGUCGUUCUGUACGUAUGAGUUGGCACUCAAUCCGGGACUUCAGGACAGACUCUAUGAGGAGACCAAAGAGGCGUUCAAUGGAAAGGGAGAAAUCGAUUACGAGGUCCUAUUGGGACUACCAUUCAUUGACGCAUUCCUAUCGGAAGCCCUUCGCCACUAUCCUCCUCUACUUCGACACGAGAGGGAAGCCAUGGAAGACGUAAUGUUAGGCGAGACUGGAGUGAAGAUCGAGAAGGGAGUGGUCGUUGAGGUCCCGGUGUAUGCCAUGCAUCACGAUCCCGACCAUUAUGCGGAUCCAUUUACCUUCAACCCGGAUAGGUUUAUGCCCUCAAACCGGGGUCAUAUCAAACCCUACACUUACCUCCCGUUCGGAUCGGGUCCACGACAUUGCAUUGCAAUGCGAUUCGCUUUAUUGGUGGUAAAGGUAGCCAUAGCUAAGAUGUCACAGAAGUUCCGCUUCUCCAGAGUCACCGACACUGACGUCCCCGUAGUCUUCAAUAGGGGACGGAUCCUAUUGAAGUCAAAACGUCUUGUUGUGGGCCUUCGGAAGCGAUAA